AACCUCACUCCCUCCCCCUCUCUUAUACCCCGCGCCUCCCCUCUCGCCACCACCAACUGAUACACCAACGAUAGCGGUAACAGAUCCCGAAACAACCGCAUAUCCCGGAAUAACACAUCCACCUAUCUAUGGUCGUGACGAAGUCAUGGCGGAACGGUCCGGACCGCGAGUGCCUCGACCUCCGGCUCGACGAACCGGCGGGCGGGGGGAAGGCCUCCGGUAUCGGGAUCCUCGCCUUCGAGGCCGCGGCCACCAUGUGCCGCCUCGCGUCGCUGCAUCGGUCCCUCUCCGAUACCGAAAAUCUUAAACUCCGAUCCGAUACGAUGCGCUCCCGGGGCGUGGCCUAUCUCAACUCCACCGACCAAGCCCUCCUCCUCCGUCUCGCCUGCGCCGAAUUCAUAGCCGAUCUCGAUCGUGCCGCCGCCGCCGUCUCCCGCCUCGCGUUCCGGUGCCAGGGAGGCCUCGCCCAAGGGUUCGACCGGGUCUAUACGGACCUCAAGGCCGGCUCCGCCUACCCCGACCGGCUCGGUUUGAGCGUUAAAGGAGUCGAAAAAAGGAUGAAGAGAAUGGAGCGACGCGUCGCGGCGACGGCGAGAUUAUACGAGGAGAUGGAGGUCCUUGCCAUGCUGGAGGCGUCGAAUCGGAAGUGGGACCGAUACAGCGGGCCGAUACCGUUACAGAAGCCGAGCAAAGCGGAGACGGUAAAGCUCGAGCUGAAGUCGCAGCGCCAGAAGGUUCUGCAGCUGAAGGAGAAGUCGCUGUGGAACCAGAGCUACGACAUGGCCGUCUGCCUUAUGGCCGAAGCCGUCUGCGCCGUUUUCGCUCGAAUCUGCACCGUCUUCGGCCCGUUCGUUCCGGGGUUGCCACCUGUCCUCGUUUCGCGCGGCACAUCUCGUGCCACUGUCGUUCCGGCCCCUUGCAAAUUACGACUCUACCCCCGGUUCCCAGCCAAGCACUCGUCCGGUCCGCUCGAGAGACCAGUGGUAGACAACGUAAUCAUCACCAAUUCCUGCCCCAUUUUCAGCAGCACCAAAGAAUCGGAGCCGAAACACUGGAGCAGGUUACUGCAACCGGCACCGCACACUGUGGGUGGUGCCGGGCUAGCGUUACGAUACGCUAAUGCCAUUGCACUGGCUGAGAAGGUGUUAAUGACAAGGUCUAACUCCAGCGAACCGGAGAAGGGUGAGGCGGCGGCGAGGGAGGAGCUAUACGAAAUGCUUCCAGCUGGGCUCCGGGCUAUGGUAAGGUCGAAGCUGAGGGAUUGCUGGAAGCAACGGGGGCCGAAGGACGGAAGGAUGGCCCAAGGGUGGAAGGAGGCGGUAGAGAGGAUACUGGCAUGGCUGGGACCGGUGGCGAAUGACACGAUUCAGUGGCACGAAGAGCAGCACAUGGACCGGAGGCAGCGAUUCGACCGGAGGCCGAGGGUGCUGAUGCUUCAGACGCUGCACUUCUCCGACCGGGAGAAGACGGAGGCGGCGAUCGUCGAGGUUCUGGUUGGGUUGAGCUGUGUGUGCUGGUACGAGGAGCGGCGCCGUGGGUCCUCAAGGUUCCCAUGCAAAACAUAGGGCUUUGCUCGACAUUGUUAUUUGACAUCUGGAUGGAAGCCUGGGUCAUGCAGGCUAAAACCUUUACCAAUAUCAGGUUCCAGUCUCGACGUCAAGGAACCAAGUUUAGCUGAAGUUUGAGUACCAAAUUAGCAUUGCUUUUGCUCGCUUAUGAUUUAGAUAGAAAGGAUGAUCAUGGUUGCCUGUAAGCCUACACUGAUUUAUUUAUUCAUUCAUUUAUUUAUGGUACACAGUUUUAAUCAAAGGGAACGGGUUAACUGUAUCUUUCAGGCAGAAGGACUCCCGUUCCUUCGUA